AUAAUCGGUUCAAGGUUUUAACUAUUCCUUCCCCAUUUGCCUGGUUCUAGUUGCUCCCACUCCAAUUCUCCAAAACCUUUCUCCUCCUGCCGCCAAGUAAAACCCCUCAUUUUUUUCAAUUAGGGCUUUACAAAUUCACUCCUCUUUCUCUUCUACUACUCUUCCCGAAAAUUGCUAGUAUCAGAGAUGGAGCAGAGGUUAGCUAAUACAUGGAAGAUGGCAAAUAAUGAGAAGAAAUUCAUCGAGAUUUCAUUGCUUUCGGACCUUAGAGUUGAUGGCCGCACAUGUUUUCAGUAUCGUGGGUUAAAUAUCAAAUUUGGGAGGGAGGAUGGUUCAUCUGAAGUGCAGCUAGGGAAAACUCUUGUGAUGGGUUCUGUGACUUCUCAACUAGUUCAACCUUAUCGUGAUAGGCCCAAUGAAGGAACUCUUUCAAUAUAUACUGAGUUUUCACCAAUGGCCGAUCCUUCAUUUGAAGCAGGGCGUCCUGGAGAGUUUGCUGUUGAACUAGGGCGUAUUAUAGACCGUGGUUUAAGGGAAAGCAGGGCAGUGGAUACUGAAUCUUUGUGUGUCCUAGCAGCAAAACUAGUGUGGGCCAUCCGUAUCGAUCUUCAUAUUCUGGACAAUGGAGGGAAUCUUGUUGAUGCUGCGAACAUUGCUGCUUUGGCUGCACUCAUGACGUUUCGCAGGCCUGAAUGCACAUUGGGAGGAGAAGACGGACAGGAACUAAUAGUACAUCCACCCGAGGUGAAAGAGCCACUUCCUCUGAUAAUACAUCACUUGCCCAUUGCAGUUACCUUUGGAACUUUUGGCGAUGGAAACGUUAUGGUGAUUGAUCCAAGCCACGACGAGGAGGUUGUUAUGAGAGGAAGAAUUACGGCUACAUUAAAUGCAAAUGGUGAUAUCUGUUCCAUCCAAAAAGUCGGAGAAGGUGUCAUGCAGAGUUCAAUCAUGCAAUGUUUACGUAUUGCAAAAGGAAAAGCUGACGAUAUUACAACCAAAAUAAGAAGUGCUGUAGAAGCACACUGUACGGAAAGAGCAGCAAGGAAGAUCAAGCGUCACCCAUCAUCUUCAGUUGCUGUCGGUAUAAGUAGACCUGAUACCGUAAUGAUGGACAAACCUACUCAGAAAGGAGGUGGGUUUUCAGUUUAUAAAUCAGAGGAGAGCUGCAGCCAUCCCAGUAAUGGAAUUGGAAGUGAAACUCUAAAAAGAGGGGAAUCUGCAAAAGCUUCUGUAGGAGCGCCUUCUAGUUGGGAUCCAUAUUCGAAAGGAGUUGAUGCAAAUUCCCUAAAGACAUCUCUAGCUGUGUCUGCAGGUAGGUCGACACCAACUAAGGAACAAAAAGAAUCAAUAGUUGAUGAAGUCAUGGAUGAGGAACCAAUUUCAAAUGUCGGCAAUGCUGAUUCCAAACCUAAUGAAGCUGUCCAAAGUCCCCAAUUACAGCAGCAAUCUAGUGAAGUGAAGACUCUGAAAGAUGCUGUGAAACCAAAAAACAAGAGAAAAAAGAAGACACCAUCCUAAUUUUCUGGAUGACAUGUUCUGAGAUUUUGGCUGCUAAUGAGAAGGUCACACUAUCUUGUAUAACUCUACCCUUGUGUACUCGAUUGGUGGAGUGAGUAUAGGGGAAAGGGGCAUUGUCAUAGUUUCGAAAGUACAUGAUGUACCGAACCUUAUUUUUGAGUAUUUAUCUACAAAAUCAUAUUUUAUCUGGAAUAGCUUAACUAAGGAUGUGUCAAAUGAUAUAUACAUCAUGGCUGGCAGAUUUUUCAUCAGUGUAAUUGUAAGGUCUGACGAAUUUUUUGAUUUAGUUUGUUUGGUUGCUGGAA